AUGGAAGACGCGGCGCCACCAUUGAGUCUUGAUCAGGUGGAAUCCUUGAUAUUUUCUCUUUAUCAGCGGAACCAUCCAGAUGUCAUUGUUGCAACACAGGCGUCGCUGUCGCAGUUUCAGGGCUCGCCUCAGGCUUGGUCCAUGAUCCACUUGCUUCUGGAGCGGCCUGACGAAAAGGUUAGGUUCUUCGGUGCCCUCACCGUCAUCAUCAAAUUAAAUAAGGAGAGCUCUUCGCUCAGCGAUGCAGAGGCGAAUGAGCUCCUCGUCCACCUCGUUGGCUGGUACCUGGACGCCCUCAGCCAGGCCUAUAGUCCACUUGUCUCGAGGAAGCUUUCGUCUGCAGUUGCAACGCACUUCAUUCACUUUCACCGGCUUUGGCCGCGUUACCUCCGCCAUCUCAUUGUGUGUCUUGCGUCGCGCCAGUCGCACAGCCUCGACGCCAUUGAUGGCACUGUCGACACCGCUGCCGUUUUGGGCAAUCUCCAGCCCGGGCAACUCCAGGCUGCGUUAUGGGUCGUCACCAGUGUCAUGGAAGACGUCUCGAGGAUUGACCUGAACACGAACAAAGGACUCUACGAUGCUUUAUUGCAGACCGUUACAGACGCCGUGGCUCUCAUGGCCACAAGCUUUACCGUACCAAAUGGUACGCCUGCAACCCAUGGCGACUCUACACGGUGUUUCCAGUCGUGGGUCUGGUUCGCCCAGCGAGCAAGUUCUGGGGAUAACCCUGUUGUCAACUCCCUGAAACCCCUCGCCGAAGCAGUCAUCGCAUCGCUUUCAGUUGAGGAGCUGUUUGACAGCUCUGCGGAAUUGCUUGUAGACAUACUCGCCAACUGUCCGUCUCUACUGACCCACAAGCACUACGAAUACAUGGCUAGCCUUUUCGAGGCCCCCUGGGCCCAAGAACGCUACCGUAGGCUGCUGCAAGGCGACUUCGAGUUCGAUUCGAUGCAGUUUGGCCAGCUCCUGCUUGCUUUUGGCGAGGCAAAGGCAGAGGCGCUCAUGCAGAGCAGCGACGAGCUAAGUCAGCGUUUUCUGGCCAUGCUUUGCGGCCUGCUUGCUGCAGAAGGCUUCCCAGUCGUAAAUGACAAGAUCUUUGUCUCCGCCAUCGAGUUUUGGUCGACAUUCAUAGAAACCUUGGCUGACAUGGUCCACUUUGACCAAGACGCGUCUUCGGCUCCAUGGGCACCGUCGGCCAUAUCCCACGCGCUCGAGGCAGUCUCAAACGCAUGGCACAAAAUCACCUAUCCUCCGUCCGAGGAAUUCAACCAGUGGGACUCGAGUGACCGUGUCGGGUUCCACGACGCGCGAAAGGAUGUGGUGGACUUGCUGCAAGCUGCAUAUACCAUUGUUGGGCCUCGCCUGGCUAUGAACUUUGCAAACUUGACUCUCUCGGCCCUGGCGAGCUCGGCAUGGCUUCCGCUCGAGGCGGCUGCAUUUUGCCUUGGAGGCCUCGCAGACUGCGGCAGGGAAGACCUCAGAUUCGACCAAGCCCUGACUUCCGUCUUCGCCUCACCCCUCUUCUCCAUUCUCCAAACCCACGACUCCCAUGUGCACCCCCGUACACGGCAAACCUGCCUCUCACUCAUAGAGCAGUAUACCGAGUAUUUCGAAAGAAACGUGGACUUUCUUGCCCCGGCUCUGCGUCUCUUGUUUGCCAUGCUUCGCGAACAGUCCAUGGCAGCAUCGGCGUCAAAGUCGAUACUGCGACUCUGCUCUUCUUGCCGGCAUCACCUCCACACGGAGACUGAUGGCUUUCUUGAUGAAUAUAAAACUCUCCUCAGCGGGAAGCGGCUCGAUUGCUUAUCCAGCGAAAGGGUCCUGGGGGCCAUUGCUUGCAUUGCACAGGCUAUCCCCGACACCGACCGACGACAUAUUGCCUGUGCCGAGAUCCUGGAGCUCAUCGAGAGCGAUGUUGAGCUUGCUCAAGGACUCGCCGCAGCAACGGAUCCAAGCAGUAGUAUCUCUUGUCAAGGCUUGCGCUGCUUUGGAAACCUCGUCGACGAGCCUCCCGCUUUGCAUGUUGGUCUGGGAGCAUUACGAGGCCUGGUCAACGUCGGGAGAGGCUUCCAGUCGCCGUCUGAGCCCGCAAUUGACCUCGACGCCGACCAUUGUCGACUGUACACACUUAGCGCCGGCCUUGUGCCUCUCCAUGAAAAAAUCAUGGGCCUUGUCUUACGGCUCGAGGAUACCUUUGGCGGAAGCUCAGAGGUGACGGAGCUACUCUGCAGCCUCCUCCGCUACCGGCAGAAGAUACUUGGCGCGUUGCUUAUUUGGGUUAUCAGCCUGCUCAAGCAGAUAUCCGAGCCGGAGCGUGACCCGGAGCUAGCACAAAACGGAGUCGAGUUCGUCUCACGGGUCUUGUCCAGAUCCCCGGCCACCGUGCUGGGCUUGCAACCCGUGGACGCAGCCGAGUUCCUUUUCAUGUUUACUAUUCGCGUUCUUGACGGGAAAGAGCCCCUGCCGAAAGUCGCCGCCGCAGAAUUCUGGACGACCUUUGUUGGCCUUCAGAGCGACAACCCGGAGUCGCAAGAAGCCAUCAAAGGCGCCAUGGAUGCUCUGGGGCCCCCGUUGACACAGAGCCUGGCGAGAAACAUCGGGGGCAACGCCUCACGCAGUGAGCUGGACAGGCUGAGCGAGCCGGUGAAGAAGUUGGUCAGUCGCCACCCCAAGGCAAGAGAAUGGCUGCAGUCUGGACUGAGCCAUUCUUCAUUCCCGAGCGACAAGGUCAGUUCAGAGCAGAAGAUUCUGUUUGUGAAGAAGUUGGUAAGCUUGCGAGGCUCAAGAGCGACGAACCAAGUCAUACGAGACUUUUGGCUCUCUGCCAGGGGUAGUAAUUUUGCCUAUGUCUCAUGA